AUGGCAGAAGAAGCACCACAACUCACGCCCGUGGGGGAGAAAUCCCUCCCGGCGAAAUGUAAACCCAGCACCCUGGCCUACUGUCCAACAAUGGACCUGAUCGCGCUUGCGACCGAGGACGAAGAGCUACGCAUCUACCGACUGAAUGGACAACGUGUAUUCGGGGGUUCAUUCGGCGGCGACCCUUACCUGGGCGACGAUGAAGAAGAUGGGGAAGUGAGAGCAGUAGCAUGGAAGGGGAAUGGUACGUGCAGCACAUCAAUAUACUCGAUCGCGAGACUGCUUUGCAAUGGAAUCUCGUCUGACCUAUUUGUUCUAGGCCGCUUUCUCGCUGUCGCGUGUGGGGAUGGCACGCUGCGUAUUAUGAGCGCGUAUAGCGGGAAGGUGGUGCACCAUUACGCCGUCUACAAAAAUGCGCAAGAGGAAUACUCAAACCCGGACGCCAAGCCCGUUUCUCCAAAGGUGACAUGUUUGGGCUGGGGAGUGAAUUUUACUGAUAGUAAAGCUGCGCAAAAACAUCUGCUUGAAUCAGCGGGUCAGAUAGGUGUCGAGGAUCUGCUGGCUCCCGGGGUUCAUCCCUCCAAGGCGGCUGCGCUGCUUAAGGCGGACUUACCGCGGGAGCUCGCUUUACUGGAUAUCGAGAACUCGCUACCGAAGCUGAGUACGUUACCUGCGACCGGGACUGAUGAUGGGCUGUUUAGCUCCCGGGCGUCGAUCGAUGCUAUGUUUCACUCGUCUGCGAAGGAUGCCAGUGACUCGGUUGAUGUAUUAUUUGUUGGUUUCGAUGAUGGGAGCGUUCAUCUGCGGAUCUUUGACUGUUUUGAGAUCGGGUCUUUCCCCGUUAGUGAAUCUGCCGGGGUCGCCGGGUCGCGCCGGAUUCUUCGUUAUGCGUCGCAUCCUUUGAGCUCGACGCAUGCCUUGUUAGCGUCAGGGUCGGCUGGUACACCUCUCGAUCUGGUUACGCUCGACCUCCGGUUCAUCACCAAGUCAGGUCGAUACUUGUCUCUUCUUGCGUCGAAGACCACUCAGCUUCAUAACCUGCUUCGGUAUAUUGGCUCCGUACAGCGACAAAUUGAGCUGGAGUGGAAGAAUGCGCAGGAAUUGCCAGCGAGAUUCUUGCGUAGUGUGAACGAAGAUCUGCAAGAGAAGAAUCACUGUGACUUUGUAACUGCUAUCUAUCAUCUUGUGGUCACUGGGCAUUGCUACGAGACAAUUAAGGAGUUCUUGGUGGAUAUUGUGGGAGAGCGAGGACAUAAGAGGUGGGAAAAGGCUGUCUCGGGUGGAUAUGAGGCUAUCCGUCGACUAACACACGAGUGCCUUCUUCCUGCAUUAGACCGCAGCCAGGUUCUCCUCAGUCGACUCGUGGGGUUGUCAAAAUUUCAUAAACUUAGUGAUGUGCUCGGUUUGAAAACCCACAAGCUAAGCGCAAUUGUCGAGACGCUGGAUUGUCUACAGCUCCUAGCGCAUUCCACACUCAUCAACGCAAACGAGGAGCUGGACCAAUUUAAUGCCUUUUCGCGCUGGCUCCGACACGAAAUCCUCAUCUUGAACGCCGAACCUCUAUCCCAGACAGCAGAAGAGCUCCUCGAGAAGAGAGACUUAUUUGAUGUUCCACCAACGGUGAAGUACAUCACAGGCGCGCUGCGCAAGAGUGUGCUUCGAAAUUUCAUCCGCCAACUACCCAUGAUCGGAGUGCCUCAACUACCUACCCCUGACACCGACAAAUGGCUCCCUGGUGACCAUGAACGGUCAUUCUACGAUACAUUCAAGUCCCUACUUGCAAAACAGCGUCGUGUUCAAGCUGAAGGUGGCGAUAGCUCGACUGUCGAUGCACCAAAAUUAAAUGACUUGACAAAAAGACUGGGUAUCCAAUUCGACAAAGUCUUUGCAGAGAUCGCAUUAACGCAGCGAAGGGGCAUUUUGCAUCGAUCACCUCUCACCCUCCAUGCAGAUUGUGACCAGAGCAUUCUGGACGUGAAGAUCUGCCAUGAGGACGGCGAAGAGGGACGGCCCUGUUCAAUUUACCUCGCGGCUCGGUCUACCACUUCUAAAUCCUUAAUCUACAUCUAUCGUCUCAUCCUAAACUCAAGCAACGGCGUCAGUUCUACCCGAAGCACCUCCAUGGCCGCCCUGAAUCUCCAAGAAGGAGAAAUAAAACAGCUUCAAUUCGUUGAGGAUGACACCUUAAUGAUCCUCUGGUCCACCCAUCCCGGUCCCUCCUACCUCCUGAAUUUGCCCUUCCAACCCCCCUCUGCCAACUGCUCUUCCACCAAGCCAGAUCAAUCAUCAAGUGUGCUUGAAUACACACAGUGUGACCCACAUCCAUCAAGCUCGAAACCUAGCAUACCGGCUACAUUGCUCAAUGUCUCUGCACUAUGCGAAGCUGGGAUGGUGAGGCAUGUUUUCGCGACGUCGGGAUUGAAGGCGAAGCCCGUGAGUGUUGAUGUCAAUGGACGCAGAGGUAGGAGAGCGGUUUGUGUUCUGUAUGGGGAUUCUUCGCGGUAUGAUGUUUUGGAUUUGGACGCUGCGAUAGAAGGAGAGGAGGAAGAAGGCUUGGAAGGGGAGGGCGAGAGUGUGGUCGAGGAAUAA